GCGGUUUCGCGGUGGCACGGCGCCGGCUGGUGGCGGAGCGGUUUCCCGGUUGGAGAUGGAGCCGGAUUUGGAUUCAGAUUCAGCCGUCACUAAAACCAGUGUCUCCUACAUCUACACUCCCGGCUACAUCGAGAGAUGCGACUCCCUUUCCAAAGUCACCAGCCGGGCUAGUAUGGUCCAUACUUUGAUUGCUUCUUAUGGGUUGCUGAAAUAUAUGAGGAUUGUUGAACCCCGAGUGGCUUCUAUGGAAGAAAUGGCAAUGUUCCAUACAGAUGCCUACCUGGAGCAUUUGCAGAAAAUCAGUGAGGAUGGUGAUGAUGAUGACCCUGAGUCUGCAGAGUAUGGACUAGGUUAUGACUGUCCUGCAACAGAGGGGGUGUUUGAUUAUGCUGCAGCAGUAGCUGGGGCCACUCUCACAGCUGCGCAGUGUUUAAUUGACAAAAAAUGUAAGGUGGCAAUAAACUGGCCAGGGGGAUGGCAUCAUGCAAAGAAAGAUGAAGCAUCAGGGUUUUGUUAUCUGAAUGAUGCUGUGCUUGGCAUUUUAAAACUGCGAAAGAAGUUUGAUCGAGUUUUAUACAUAGAUCUGGAUCUACACCAUGGCGAUGGUGUAGAAGAUGCAUUCAGUUUUACAUCUAAAGUCAUGACUGUAUCUUUUCACAAAUAUUCCCCUGGAUUCUUCCCAGGAACAGGAGAUGUGGCAGAUGUUGGAAUGGGGAAAGGAAGGUAUUAUACUGUGAAUGUGCCUUUGCAGGAUGGCAUUCAAGAUGACCUUUAUUACCAAAUAUGUGAAAGUGUCUUAAAAGAGGUGUAUGCAUCAUUCAAUCCUGAAGCAGUGGUCUGCCAGCUAGGAGCAGAUACUAUUGCUGGAGACCCAAUGUGUUCCUUUAAUAUGACACCAGUUGGAGUGGGAAAGUGCCUGCGUUACAUUCUGAACUGGGAAUUGCCGACUCUGGUCUUGGGAGGAGGAGGCUAUAACCAUGCAAACACAGCCCGGUGUUGGACAUAUCUGACUGCUAUUAUCCUUGGAAAAACACUGUCCUCCGAGAUUCCUGAUCAUGAGUAUUUUACAGAAUAUGGGCCUGAUUAUGUACUGGAAAUCACCCGAAGCUGUCGGACCGACCAGAAUGAUCCCCACCGGCUUGAGCAGAUACUUAGCAUGAUCCGAGGAAAUCUGAAGAAUGUAAUUUAAUAAGUGGUGGGAGUGAACAGAACACUAGAGAAGCCUUUUAACUGAAUGCAGUCUGUGGCUGUUGUAGCUGCAGGGGAAACUUGGAUGAAAUUACUCGCAAGUUCCAGGACAACAGAUGUUCAUUGAGAUUUGAGGCUGCAGUUAACCCUUUCUUAUUCAACUGCAUAGGACAGACCAUCGGAUGUGUAAGGAUUGCAGUAACCUGUUGUUUUGUGUUUUCAAUAACAUAAUUAUGUUGUAAAUAUGUUUUUAAUUCAUUUUUAGUUGCUGCUUUGAAAAACACCCUGUAGUGGAGUUGCGGUUGGUUUUGUAGUUGGCUGAAGAGCCUGCCAAUUUUCUACAAAAACAGAAAGUGCUGGCAAACCUCAGCAGGUCUGGCAGCAUCCGUGGAAAAAAAGCAGAGUUAACAUUUCGGGUCCAGUGACCUUUCAGAAGGAUUCUGAAGAAGAGUCACUGGACACAAACUCUUCUUUCUCUCCACAGAUACUGCCACACCUGCUGAGUUUAUACAGCAAUUUCUGUUUAUGUUUCUGAUUUCCAGUAUCUACAGUUCUUUGAUUUUUCUGCAAAUAUAUACUGGGAUUCAAAUAGCAUUUUGCUUUCUGCCCCUAGAUAUGGAGUUUUACUGACUUUGUGCAGUAAUUUUUGUUUAAUCAAAGUAAUCUGCAAUGAAUUGUAGAAAGAAAUUAAUACAUUUUAUAUACUAAACCCAUGAAGCAAUAUAAUGCUCACGUGCACUGCUUUUACGAAAGGACCUGGAUUUGUGUUCCAUGUUCUUCACCUACAGCUGGCAGUUUUCUUGGCUGAAUUUUCAGAGGAAAGGAAAACAAAUGCUUCUAUCAAAGUCAAGGCUUCACAAGGCGGAUGAAGUGAAGUUGGAUCUACUUUCUCCAGAGCUAGCCAAAGAGUCACUUUUAACUCUGUUUACAAAAUGCUGGAUGAAGCUUGUGCUUAUUUUUAAAAGCUACAGUGCACACAACAUGGAGAAGAGAGAUGGUGCGGAAAAUCAUAUUUAAAUUAGAUUUUAAUCAGCAAAGAGUUUCAAACAAAAUAUUAGGAAGAUAGUCACUCACUGUAGCAACUUAUUUAAUUUGAUUCUUAAUUCCUUAUUAAAAUGAAAGGAGACAAUGCUGGAGAAACUCAACAAGUCUAUCAGAGUGCCAGUUCUGAAAGAGUUAUAUGCUGCCAGAUUACCAAGGUUUCACCAACACUUUCUCCUCCUCUUAUAAUAAAGAAUUAAAGACACAAUGAGUGUCUAUCUUCCUAACAUUUUGUUGAAACAUGUUGCUGGUUUCCCCACUUAAAUAAGACUUUCUGCACCAUCCUCCUCUUCUAUGUGGUAUGCACUGUAACUUUAAGAAAAGACCGGCUUCAUCCAAAAUACGGCAGCAUAUACCUCUUUUCAAAACAAUCUGAUAGACAUAUUGUGUUUCUCCAGCAUUUUCUCUUUUUUUUUCAGAUUUCCAGCAUCAGCAGUAUCUUGCUGUUAAACGUUUAAUUCCGUACUGUUUGUUGUUUUUUUUUAACUGCAAGGAUUUUCUGUGGAAUCUCAUUUAAGUCCAAGUCUAUAUGGAUUUUCAUGGUGGUUUUCAUCAUUUUCCCUUGGAGCCCCACUGGCAGUCACUUUGUGAUGGAAUGGACCUUAGCCCUCCUGCUGUCCUAAGCAAACUUCCAGUUUGCAGAUGUUUGGACUGGCAAUGCCUUUGACAAACAGUUUGCAAAUUUGGGUUGAUUUCUAUUUCCAACUCAGAAAACAUCAGUGAAAAUAAGUUGCUCUGGUGUUUGAGAUAAAAGACAAAAUUCAGAGUAACAGCUGUAUCUACAAAAAGAUGAAUGGCAUUUUUUUUUCCUUUUUGAAAUAUUCAGAAUGAGGACAGCUGCCACUAAUUAUGUGGUUUUUUUUUGAUUGACAGAUAUACUCGUCAAAUGAACACUUUCAAUCUUAAUUUUACAACAUGAGUUCCCAACCUGCAGCCCAAGGGUCAUAUGCAACCCCUGCAGUUACCAGUUUAGCUCUCUGUUCACCAUAUUUGCCUUUAUAUCAUCUGUAGUUUGAACAUGUUUUUCUCUGUUGUUAAGUAACUGGUGAAAAAUCCUCAACUAGAACUGUAAGAACUAUUAGGACUAAUACCUUGACAUGCAUAAAGUUAGUGGAAAAGUGGUAAUAAGCUUAAUCUGUGACCUGUAAGGACAACGGUUUGGAAAUUCCUCUGCAAUAGGAUAACUGGCAGUUUCAUUUAAAUAUCUUCAAAAAAAAAUCAAUAUUGGUAACCCUAAUUGUUUUGUCAUUAAAAGUUAUGAGCUUUUUUCCAAUUUUAAAUGUAUUUGUUUCAAUGUUCAGUGCUGUUGAGGGAUAUGAGGACUUAAGUGAUAAUGUUACUGAACCCAGUAUCAUGAAGGAGCUGAAUUCUUACCAAAAGUGGCACUGUAAUAUGAUUUGCUGAGUCUAGAUCUAACAGAGUACAGAUGUCAGUGAACUCUUACCACCUGCAUCUCAGGCAGCCUUUGUAAUACUAAAAUUUAGUUUCCGGUAUUUACUAAAGUUGGCAGCUAAGAAGACCUACUUUGUGUUUCUUCUCCUUAUGCGAUUUUAGAGAAUUCCAGCAAGGUGACUUUCUCUGUUUCUAGUUUGGCUCCCUGUGAGUUGGAAACUAGUUCUGAUGCCAUGAUAGUGGGUCUGGAUGCAGCAUAAAGCAAAUGAAAAGGACGGAGUACUGGCAAGCAAGUGUUAUUGAGUCUGACUAAACUAGGGACCUGAAUUGACCUAUAGAUGUACCAUUCUAACUGGUGGUAUUGAACCUAGUAAUCUAAGACCUUUGUCUGGCAUACAGUUAAAAUAACAUGAUUGCUAGAUAAUGUCUGUUUUGGUUGACAUAAGUUCGAAUUCAUUGCAUAUCAAGCAUCAUCCGUUUCUGCUAAAGGAUAUGCCUAUAUAGUCGUGACCAGUUCUCUGUUUAACAUUUUUAGCUGUUUGUUCAUAUACAUAAAGGAAAUUAUUGCAAGUGUUUUACCACUGGCAUCAGAACUCAGUUUGAAUAAAACAAAAACAAAUUGAAACAAAAUUGAAACAUUAUAAUGGUUAAAAAGAAGCUUUGCUGGUGUAUUGGAAUAUGGGUAUAUUGCCACUUCUACUGAUAUAAAGCACAACAAAAAGACAUGUAUACUUGGAAAAUAUUGAAAAAGUUACUUUUUAUAAUGUGUGCCUUAUCAGUUUAUCUGUACUUCUCUCACAAACUUCUUUUGGGGUGAAGUGACCAUUGAUUUAGGCAAGCUUGGCAACAACCCACAAACCCAUGAGAUGACCAGUUGUGUUUUUGAUGUUGGCUGAGGACAUCCAAGAUAAAAUUAAAACCAAAAGAUUAGGAUUAACCUGAGCACAGAGAAAAAUAAGAGUGAAGAGAGAGCAGUAAAGAGGACACAAGAAACCAGCAAAAACAUCAAAUGUGCAAAAUUGAAAGCCAUGAGUAAGAAGGCAGCAAAGUGACAAGAUAAUGAAGAGGUUUAAAGCAAAACUAUCACGAAAGAAACAGUUGUGGAGGAGCUGGCACUGUGAAUUUCUACACCACCUUUCCCAUGUAUUCAUAAUUUAGCAGACUCUGUGUCUAUCUAUAAAAUGAUUUUUCACUUAUCAAAGCAUUCCUAUAAAAAGUCAUUGUGUUUGUUAUAUUGAAAACCAUUAUCUUGUGUGAGGAUUAUCAAAGUUCAUCUGCAGGGGCUAAUAAAGAAAAGGGACACAUCAUUUGUAACUAAUCCAUUCAUUCACCAGCAUUUGUUGCAAUUGCUUGUUUUUAACAUCCUUUGAGACCAAAUCCUUUCCAAGUGUAUUUUAAACAUGGGGUUUUAUCUAUACAUCAGCCUAAUUAAAUAGUUUUCUGGCAUUUUUACUGAUGUUAAAGAGUCGAUGUCUAACAAUGUUUUGUACUUAUU